GUAAACGAACUUGUGUGUUUCAAAUAAUGACCUUGAGAGUGAACAGUUGAGGCAGGCUGUUAAUUGUCGAACACUUAAUAGUGUAACAGCAAGUAGUUAGACACUGAAAAUUUUUAAUUGAUGUGCAUUGUUAAGAUGUCGUUUGAUGGUAUUUAUUCAGAACUUAAUUUUCACUGCUGACUUAACGGCGAAUAUUCACCGUUAUUUUCCAAAAGGAACCAUCCCUACCACGAUAGUACUUAAUUCACUGUUUAAGAGUAAAAACCUCAAAAAUUGGCAUGUCAUAUUCUAUGAAUAUGGGUGGCAGUUCUUUCAUCUAGUCAACUAUUCAUUGGCACUGGUGUAUCUAAACCUUGCUACGAGAAUCGUGGUAGUGGGGUAAAUUGUGUGACGCCAUGCAAUAAUUGACUUCAUUUAUCUCAACAAACUAAAUACAACCCACGUGGACUUUUGCAUACGUCUGCCUGUUGGUUUUUUUAGCACUACAUGCUACCAUGCUUAGUCGUUACAUAAUUUAAGAAUUAUUAUGUUACUAUAAAGUUUAGGAAUGUAUUGUGAAAUACUGUCAGGCUUACUAUUUUAAACGUUCUGGAAAAAGAACACCUAAAUUUUGAUGCGUUCCUUGUUUAGUUUGGGGAUUGUGUGAUCUCUCAUCUGUCGAAGCCAAUUAAAAUAUAUCAUCUAUGGGUAGUGCUAUUAAGGUCUUUGAACAGAUCUUAUACAGACUAUAUAUGCAUUGAAAUCAACUAUGUUAAUCUUAUUAUGUUCACCUCAUAUAUUUUCACAAAAUGUCAACACUAAAAUUUUAUAUAUUUCAAAGAGUUUUGGAUUUCCAGAUUUUAGACCAGAUGAAAAAAGUAGACAAGAAUGAAUCAAAGCCAAAGGUUUCAGAAUAUUUGCCCAGAUGUGGUGUUACUGUUGAUUUAUAUUAUCCAGAACAGAUGUCAAUAGAUCAACUACUAGAAAUAUUUGAACGUCGAGGUUUCAAAUCUUUAGUAUCAAAUGUAAAUACAUUAGAACAUAUUGUAAAUCUUUAUUAUGAUCAUCUUAUGCCAAAAUAUCAUCGAAAGGAAUUGACUGAUGAUUUAGUUGAAUCUAUCCUUCCUUCUAUUGAUAAUAAUGUUGAUGACGAUGAUGGUGAUGAUAAUGAUAAUCGUAAUUUAUCAAAAGAAAAAGUUAAUUUAAAUGAUAAAAUCACUAAAUCUAAACGAAAUAUAGAUCAUCAUUUAGAUCAUUUAAUUAUUACUUAUGAUGAAAAACGAUUUACUCCUUGUUCUAUUCAAACUUUAUUAUCAAAAGAACAUCGUCAGUCUAUAUGUAAAACGUCUAAUAGUUUACAUAAAGAUAAUAAUCAUCAUAGUAUAUUAUCAUCUUCUCAUUCAAUCAAUGAAAACUCUUCAAAUAAUUCGAAAUUAAAUGAUUAUUCAUUAAAAUCAAUGAAAAAACGACCUAAAAUAAAUCGUAAUUUUGAAACACUUACAAAUAAUAUUUAAUUAUUUGUAUAUAUAAAUGAUGUUGUACUUACUAUCUUAUCCUAUUAAAUUUAUUCUAUCUUUCAC